CGUUCUUAACGUAUUGAAUAUUGUAUUAAAAUACUAUAUUCUUUGGAGUUGGCUGGGGCUUGGCUGAUUAGCAAUGGUGAAUCCACUUUGUGGAAGUCUGUGUUACCUCUGUUUACUUGAAAGCCUUUCACACUGAAGAUAUUAGCAUAAAUAACUCACAACAUGUUCUGACACAGAGAUAACUGUCUGAAGAUUUGAUCUGUACAGUUUUUCUGGUAUUCUUGAAAAUCGCAUAGCUUUAAUUUACAAAGAAAAACAAAAGUUUCGCUGUUACGAGGUCUUCCCACCUUCUGCAGUCGGGGAUUAGGAGCUCUUUUAAAAGCGAUAUAUUUUGUUUUGCCGCUUGAAAAAAUAAAUGCAGGAAAACCACUUCUUGCUCUUUUGUUUGGCUAAAAUAGUAGAUUGUUUGGUAGCCGCUAUUAUGAAAAAAUUACAAUUUAUUAACUCAAAAGAAACACAAACUGAGUGGUCGGAAGAGUCCUUUCUGCCUGGCAGCGGGGCGGGUUCUACAGCGGACCAAUCACGAGGCACCACUUCUCUAUAAAUAAACAGCGGCUGACCUACUUGGGUUCACAUCACUUUUCUCCGUUGGCGAUUAUUUUGUGUGUUCUCGGCAAUCAUGUCUGAAACCGCGCCGGCUGUUGCAGUUGCGGCUGCAAGUCCUGUGGUGGCUUCCAAGCCUCCGGCUAAAAAGGCGAAGAAGGCAGGAGCCUCCAAAGCCCGCAAGGCUUCGGGUCCCAGCGUCACUGAGCAGAUCACCAAGGCAGUGGCUGCCUCGAAGGAGCGCAAAGGAGUUUCCCUGGCUGCUCUUAAGAAAACGCUGGCUGCCGGCGGCUAUGAUGUGGAGAAGAACAACAGCCGCAUCAAGCUUGGCCUCAAGAGCCUGGUGACCAAAGGCACUCUGGUGCACACGAAGGGCAUUGGCGCCUCGGGGUCCUUCAAGCUGGGCAAGAAGUCGGGCGAAGGCAAAGAGAAGGCGCCCAAGAAGAAGGCGGUGCGAGCCAAGAAGCCUGUGGCCAAGAAGCCCGCCAGUGCCGUCAAGAAGCCCAAGAAAGCCGUGGCUGCCAAAAAGAGCCCCAAGAAGCCGAAGAAGCCUGCUGCCGCCGCGAAAAAGGCCGCCAAGAGUCCUAAGAAGUCGAAGCCUGUUAAGCCCAAGAAGGUCGCCAAGAGCCCGGCCAAAGCAAAGGCGGUGAAGCCCAAGACAGCCAAGCCCAAGGCUGCCAAGCCGAAAGCGGCAAAGGCGAAGAAGGCAGCGCCGAAGAAAAAGUAAACAUGAGGCGCCUGCUCUUUCAAAACAAACCCCCAAAGGCUCUUUUAAGAGCCACCCACUUGAUCAAAAAAAGAGCUGUCACACGUCCUCUCUGGAGGAAGGGGAGCCUUAAUAGGGGCGGAAGUCACUGGGCAAGCGGUCCCUAGCCUAGUUGGCUUGCAGGUAGCUGGUAUGUCGAUUAAAAAUAAAAACCCUUUAGAUCUCCCCAACACACACACGCACCCCAACCCCUCAUAUCUUCCUAGUAUAUUAGCCUCAGAACUACACAGCUUGGUUCCGAUUUGAAUUAAAGGUUUCUCUUCUACAAUGGUGGGCGGGCGCGGAGUACUAAACUGAGUGAACCGAACGGGGGAGAAGCGUAUUCGCCAAGAGCAAGCUGAUUCAAAGACACUCUGUUGCAGAGAAAUAGUUACUUUUAGCCCAAAUCG